UCGAGUGAUAGAACGCAUCGACCAAUCGGAAUUCGAGGGUUUCGAGUACGUCAAUCCGCUACUAAUGUCGUUGGAGGAUUGCGUGUGACACAACGUCAAUUGCGCCCUGCACCCGAACAACGUGCCGCCGCCGCCGAUCCACCGGUUUCCGCCGCCCGUCUUGCCGCCUCCGCCGCCUCCCGAUAUCGGCCCGGAGCUGCAGCUCGACGUCCGGCCGAAAUCGGUGCUUCAGAACAUAUUUUGCCUUCCUCUCAACUGAGAAAAUAUUGAAAAUCUACCUAAAUACGCGCUAAUCUGUUAAUAAUUAAUAUUUUCCCUUUAUAAGUUCGAGAGCCCGCCCUGCUCACUAAUUUUGUGGGUGGGUUAUUCUUGUCUAAAGUUGAAAUUUGAGUGACUGAAGUUGUCCCCGAAAAACACCCUCUAAUGCAACAUUAAUAUUAACGGAGUGUUUUUUGUAGUCAAUCAUAAAAGUCCUUUUGUAUAGAAUUCUUUUUUUUUUUAGUAUUGCUAAUUUUAGGACAUUUUGUUUAUUUUUUACAUAAGAAAUACUGAUUAAUUUUUUCUAAUUAGGUAAGAAAUAUCGUUACACUUGUCGAGUUAAGACUUUAAUUAAUUACUAAGCGAUUAUGAACAGGAGGAUUCGCGACUUAUCGAAUAGACCUAAGUUGUGAAACAUCCUGAAUAUAGAUUCAAAAUUCCAAAAUACAAUUAAUAGUUAUUUGAACAAAAACAAUUAGAAAGUUGCGUUUUUUACUUGUGUCAUUAUCGGGAUGACAAUAAUUGACAAUUGAUAAAAACCCUUAUGUCGUUCCGAGUUCCGACCCUUAAAACGAACAACUAGAUUGUUGCAGUAGACCACUGCGCGUACACGUAUAAAAAAUGUAUUAAAAUGCACAAAGAUAUUUUGUCAGUGUGAAAUGAUUAAAGGAAAUUAAUUGUUUGAAUAAAGUUGGUUUUCAAAAUUGUCGUUUUUCUAUAAAACUCCACUUUACAAUUCGAAAACCCGCGUCCUAAUUCUUCGUCCAGGAAAAACCUCAAAGGCGAGAGCGGUGGGGGAAGAAUCGAUCGGCCAUCUCCGGCUCCGUGCCGAUCCUGGCAACUUGCAGGAGGGAAGGAAUUUAGAGCCUCAAAAAUCGACUUUUUCCUGCCCGGGCAAAGAGAGCGUCGCAGGCAGAGGCCCCCUCGUAGUUUGGAGGACGGUUUUCGUUGUUUACAAUGUGCUCAAUGACCGAUUCGCGGUUCGGUGUUUUCCUGAUUGAUAGCGGCGAGCUAUGAGACGCAGCCAUGGGAUUCAAGCGUAUUUUGUUGCUCUAUUGUCACUUGAUGGUGAUUUUCAAGAUCGUUUUCGACGUCGCUGCCAGCUCGCCAGCAGUGAAACGUGCCGAGUCGAAAAAAGACCACUGCAACAAGACCGUCGACAUAUACGAAGAUGUCGCUAGCCCGGAGGUGACGCAGGACAACUUCGGAAAACCGAUGACCUGCUGGUACAGGUUCAGGUCGUUCCGAGGUGCACCCAAAGACUGGAUCCUGCGCAUCAAAUUCAACAAGUUCAAAGUGGGCAACUUGCUCAACGCCACUCACUGCGAGGGCGGCUACAUGCAAAUUGUCGACGGUAAUGCCAAGACGGACGUUUCGAAUCGAAAAGAGCCGGGGAUGUAUUGCGGAGAAAGCGAACAGCCUCAAACUUUCAUGUCGGAAACGUCCUUCGUGAAAAUGCUAUUCCACGUGGAAAAUUUCACGGAUCAAACUUACUUCAGUUUCGACACUAGAGCGGAACAACAGCUCGUGGUUUAUCUGCGAUACGGGCAACAUCCAGAAUUGUAUCCGAACAGACGGGGGGAAGUCGUGCAAGGGUCUUAUUGCGAGCGCAUAUUCAAAGACUGUCGCCUGCAAACCUGCUACGUACAAUCGCCGGCCUAUCCAGGAGUUUAUCCCAGAAAUCUGCACUGUCGCUACUAUCUGAAUACGCGAUUGCCGUUCAUCAAGCUCUACAUCGAAAACGAGGAGUUCAACAUCGACGGGCAACGCUGCGAGAACAUCAUGACUUGUCCCACGAGACCGAUAUCGUCGGGCGAAGAAAAUUGUCCCUACGACUACGUGAAGAUCUACGACGGCAAAAACGAACUCAGUCCGGUCAUAGGGACGUUUUGCGGCAUGGGCAAGUUUCCCUACUCUAUCAUCGGCACGUCGCAAGACCUUUUCGUGGAAUUUCUCACUUCGCCGGCCGGUCCUUUGCUCAACACCGGGUUCCACUUCAACGUGGGCAACUGGCCCGGACACGUGGACACCGCCGGCAGCCGGAACGGUACCUGCGACUGGCUAUUGUCGUCGGAAAGUUUACGAGCUUCCGGCGAUUCUGAAGGCAUUUUCUUGUCGGUGGCCCAUUGGUAUCCGCCUCACACGAGUUGCACCUACCUGAUGCAGGGCGAAGAAGGCGAAAUUGUCCGGUUGUAUUUUCCCAGAAUAAACCGGAUCGAGUCUCCGAUCCAGCCCACUGACAGCGACUGCGGCGAAUCUCUGACCCUGUACGACGCUUCUUGGGCGGACGAUUCCAAAAUAAUAAAAACCUUCUGUGAUACUUUUUCAAAAGCAAUGGAAAAAUACGACUUCGUCUCGUCGGGAAAUUCGCUGUUUGUGAAAUUCGAAAGCAAAACCGGUAGCUAUAGUGGUUCCUCGUUGUACUAUUGGGCCCACUACGAUUUUUUCAACGACACCAAGCUGGGCGAGCCGGUGCCGGGAAAAAAAUGCGACGAAGUGUUCGCCUCCUGGAAGCAAAUCAAAGGCUGGCUCAGGUCGCCCCUCAACACUCUGGUUUAUAAACAGCAGCAUUCUAGCGAGGACGUCGCGUGCCUCUACCGAUUCGUGAGCGACAAACGUCUAUUCGCCAGAGUUAUCUUAACCAUCACUUGUGUUAAUUUCAAGGAUCACCCAUAUAAUUCCGGCCCUUGCAUCUCGUGCAUCGAGGACCGUGUGGACAAGUUGGUGAUAUGGGAACCGUUGCCGCCGGGCGCCAAUUCUUCUUACACACCCAUCAGUCUGAACAAGGCCAUGCAAUCGGGAGAGGUCACUUGCAUAUGCAACCGACAAUCGUUUUCCACCCAAGUGAUCUCCAAAGGGGAACAUUUGAAUUUACAAUUGAUCGUGGACAGUGCUCACAGCGCUCUGAGCUACUUCAAACAUUCCAAUCCGUUGUUCGAGGCUACCUACGAGUUCGUCCACGGGCCUUUGUGCGGACCUGCCAUCAUUUAUCCCAUCACCGAUGGUGAAAUUCAUUAUCCCUAUUACGAAGCUAUCGGUUACGUCGAGCCCCCGAAAUCAAUCAGGUGCAUAUGGGAAGUGAAGAUCAGCAAGGAGCGCGACCUGUGGCUGCACUUCGAUCACAUCAAAUUCAAUUCGAAUUCGUGCGACGACGGCAUCGUCGAUAUUUUCCUCAAGGGCCGCGUCGAGCCCUUUCUUUCGCUGUGCGGCGAAAACGUAUCGCUGGCCAAGGAACUGCCGAUAUUGUCGUCGGGCGAACUGAGCGCCGACGGAGGCGAGCCUUCGAUAACCGUACAGUUUAUCGGUCGCUCUUCGCCCACGAGGGCCGCCUUCAAAAUCGCCUGGACCGAACUGUUCCACUUGCCACGCAACAUCGACGGCACCCUCAUGACCUCCAAACUGACCGAGGGCGGCACCACCGACGAACUGCUGGAAGAGUGCGAGUUCACUUGUCCAGGCGAGCAGGGCCUUUGCAUACCGGCUCGGCUAGUAUGCAACGGCAUAAUCAACUGUCCGAACGCCACGGAUCACAAAGGUUCCUCGUACAACGACGAAUCCGACGACGUUUGUACCCGAGUCGCCGCACCCAAGAUCAACUGGUUUUACGUGGGCGCCGCGAGCGUAUCGGUACUGUUGUUCCUGGAUGAAGAGUUGAAAAGACCCAGCAUUUCCAGGGAAACGACCGUAAAGCUCCUGAAGGUUUUAGAGGAUAAAAUUAGCCGCAUCUUCAAUAUUGAUGAUAAAAUUUGGGGGAUGAUGGUGACCCAAGGAUCCAGCGAAGCCGAGAUGGAAGCUGAAAUGGUAUCAGUAGAGGUUUUUAGGGAGAAGAUUAUAGAUUACAGGAAUAAGACCAUACCAAAUCAAUUUAAUUUUUCCAUUGGAAAAAUGGUAAAAGACAAAGAUGCGACCGUCGCACUUAAAAAGAAACGCAAAACCACAUCGUCUGAAAUUGAUCCGGAACCGGACGUCUAUCAGAGCGUUUGCCAAUUCGAAGAACAAGAAGCCAAAACGCGAAACGCAAACGAAGAUUCCGAAAUUUUUGACAAUCUCUUAGAAGUAAUCCAGCAAAAACUAUUGCAAGCCCGCGAACUGAAACUAGGAAAAGAACGAGACUCCCAGAAAUCGGUGGAAGAGCUCAACUACCUCCUCCUGGAAAUUUCGGCCAACGUUUGCGGCAUCAAAAAGCUCAACAGAAUCAGCAAGCUAAACGAAAUCGAGCAACGCGAAAUUUUGGCGCAGGAAAAGCAAAAGUGUGACAGCAUCAUGCUGACCUACGAAAACUUGGUGUACGAGUUGCACCACUUGACCAAAGAAACGAACAAUUGUUUGUCUUUCAAAUCAGACAGCGAGGAAAUUGAGCUGGUACCAAUCGAGACCUUUAUGAAAGAAGCACCCAAAGAAAUAACCAGUAAAUUUAAAGUGGUUAAUACUCCAGAACAAGAGCACCUUUUGACUUUGGCCAGACUUGAGUGGGAAUUGACCCAACGUAAAGCCCUAGCAGACGAAUGCAAGGUACUUGAAGAAAAGAAAAAAAAAAUAAUCACUGAAAUAGCAGAAGGGAAAGACAAACUGGACAAUCUUCUACCGCUGUUGAACGAUGUAGUUAAAACCACUGUUCCCUUGCGGCAGCAUUUGGCUAUGCCCCAAGAGGUGACAAAAAACGACCAUCCUCUAGCCCCCCUUUUACCCGACGCAUUGUAUGUUUUAUAUGCCAACAUUGUCGCUUACCAAAGCGUUUUCGAAACCACAAUCGGAAUCGUAAUUAUCGGAGAAGAAGAACGAGCUGCUCAAUUCAAUAAGGCUCGAGAAGAAGCCAAAUUACUAAAUGAGGAUUCGGAUCCGGAAAUUCCUGAAGUGGUAGAAGUCAAAUCGAAACGCCAUAGAAAAUCUGUGCAGCAAGUUGACCCUCUGCAAGAAAAAAAGAAGCAGCUGCUAGAAGCUCACCCGCUUCAAAUUCAAUUAACGUUCGCGAUAGACCAGGGCCCCAAACUCUACACAGUAUUCAGCUACUACACCAAACUAAAACUAAUCACUGUGAAUAGCACAGUCCAAGUACCAGAAAAAAUAACAGGCAAUUGUGCUCGCGAAAUCCUAUCAGGCUUAAACAUUCUGAGCGAACUGCUACCAAACGAUACCGGUUUGAACAGUCCCAAUUUAGGCAUCGAGAUUUCCCUAAGAAAAACAGGCCUGAGCUCGUUCAAAUCUUUAGUUCCGGACAUCGGUUACGCCUACCAGUGGGCUCAGUCCGUUUGCGGUCUUGACAUUCUGAUGAAUGACAAGUCGCCCGACGGGCUACACAUCGAAAAUGUCUUAAAAAUGAUUAGCAAACGGUUGGCUGCCAGAACGGAUCUAGCCAAUCAGAUGCAACAGCUCGAGCUGAACGUAGUGCCGCAGGUGCCGCAAGAGAUGGCGUUGCCCGAGAACGCGGUUUCAGCACUGGCCAAGUGGUCAGGAAGUACCUAUCAAGAGUUUUGCAGCAAAGAAUUCGCUCAGGGUUUGGUAGACGAGGGAGUCGUCGGCGAGGCUGAUUUGUUUUAUUUAGCCAAGAUAACCAGAGAAAAAGCAAAUCUACAAGCGUUGAUUGUAAUCAAAAACUCCUACCCGAUACCUGCGCCGAUUUACGCCCUAAUGGUGAACAGCAACAGAGAAAACCACACCAGCCUCAACAGCAACGAAAUAAGGGAUUUAGAGAGAAAAAUGAAUUGUGGAUGGGAUCACGGUUCAAAAAGCUCCCCUUGGCUCCUAGCAGCUCAGCUUUCCCACCUUUGCUCUUACUUGGACGUUUUCCUAGAAAUACAAUACCCAAAAGCCAACCCGACGCAUUCCAAGUUUCUAAAGAGCAUGAGUGGACGUAAUCAGAAAAGGCCCUUCAACUCUAAGAAAAUAGGAAGCGGAGUCAUUUUCACGCAAUACUAAUACGUUUCAGAUACAUAUUUUGAUUUUUUGACAAUAAUUGUUUUUUUUUCACAUUCAACAAAAUUCCAUGAUAAGUUUAUAGAAUUUAAGAAUAUUUGUUUCUUUUUCUAUGAAAAAUAAAGAAUAUUGUUUUAUUUCGAUACAGA